GUAGUGGAGAUACUGCGGAGUGGGGACUUUCGAGUAGCUGGCAAACACUUGCUCUAUGCAUAGCGCGCAUGUUGGUAGAUGGGACACAUGGAGACAAGGAGAGGAUGAGCGUGCUACACGCAGUCAGGAUUUUCAUUAGAAUAAAGCAGAAUGACUAGUGUUUUUCUGAUUUACUGAACCUUUUUCCUUCGUAUUUGUUCUUCUUGCUUGCUCCCCAAAAUGACCACCCGUGGACCUAGCAUCGUGUUUGAGUGGCUGAAGACCCUCCAGCUCUCUCAGUAUGUGGAGUCCUUCGUGGAUAACGGCUAUGAUGAUCUGGAAGUUUGCAAACAAAUUGGGGACCCCGACCUGGAUGCUAUCGGUGUCUACAUACCGCACCACCGGCGAAGGAUCAACAACGCGGUGCAAAGGCUGAAAGACGAGGAUGAGGAAGCCGCCGGGCUUUACUUCACACUUGAGCCAAUGCCCACCACACCCCCCAAAAGCCACCUGUUGGAACAUUACGAGUCCAAACUCUGGGGGUCAAAGUCUUGGACCGAACCGGACAGUGACCGGGUCGGGAGGAACGGGGGCACAUAUCUGUGCGUGCAAAGGAACCUGAUGCUUGGCAACCGAAGGGAGUUGGUGAUUUACCCCAAACUGAAGCUGAAGAUCAUGAUUAGGGAUAAAGUCAUCGGAGAUGGCAUCAACCUCGCCAGGCCGCCAUACUCAAACAAGGUAUAUAAGUCAAACAAAUGUUUUUGGUGUGCUUUGUCCGGUGUUGACCUCAUAUUGUCUUACAGAAACCCUGUAUUGAUCUCACAUAAGUGCCUGCUGCCUCCCAGUGUGUUCUCAGGUGAUGGAGUGGUGAGUGGCCAGUCUUUUGAAGGUCACUUUGGUGCGGUUACCAUCAUGAGAAAGAUAUUAGUGCCUUGCUUCCAAUACUCUUCACAUCCUUAUAAUCUAAAAAGGAGUUUGUAUCAGCUAUCUGCCCUGAGGGCAGGGGCCUCAGGGAAAAGUGGCAAUAAUAAUCAACACUUUUGAAUACCCCCAAAACACAAACUUUGGAUCAGCACCUCACCUCACACUUGUCAGGCCCAGCGCUAAUGUAAUGAGUGACUGACUGGUCACAUAUCAGAUUUCUUUAAUGAUAACCAUGAGAGAAUAGAACUGUCCCAGGGUCAGCGAGUUCACUUCACCCUGCAGCCUGGCCUCAGAGCCAUACAAAGCAUACUAUACAUAUGUUGAUACACCUCCAAGACCUAUUAUACACUACAUGACCAAAAGUAUGUGGACACCUGCGGGUCGAACAUCUCAUUCCAAAAUCAUGGGCAUUAAUAUGGAGUUGGUCUCCCUUUUUCUUCUAUAACAGCCUCCACUGUUCUGGGAAGGCUUUCUACUAGAUGUUGGAACAUUGCCGGGGGGGACUUGCUUCCAUUCAGCCACAAGAGCAUUAGAGAGGUCGGGCGAGUAGGCCUGGCUCGCAGUCGGCGUUCCAAUUCAUCCAAAGGUGCUCGAUGGGGUUGAGAUCAGGGCUUUGUGCAGGCCAGUCAAGUUCUUCCACAUCGAUCUCGACAAACCAUUUCUGCAUGGACUUCGCUUUGUGCACAGGGGCAUUGUCAUGCUGAAACAGGAAAGGACCUUCCCCAAACUGUUUCCACAAAGUUGGAAGCACAGAAUUGUCUAGAAUGUCAUUGUAUGCUGUAGCGUUAAGAUUUCCCUUCACUGGAAGUUAGGGGCCUAGCACAAACCAUGGAAAACAGCGCCCAACCAUUAUUCCUCCUCAACCAAACUUUACAGUUGGCACUAUGCAUUCGUGAAGGUAACUUUCUCCUGGCAUCCGCCAAACCCAGAUUCGUCCUUCACUUCAGAGAACGCAUUUCCACUGCUCCAGUGUCUAAUGGCGGCGAGUUUUACACCACUCCAGCUGAUGCUUGGCGUUACUGGGCAUUGCUUGCGAGCUGACAAGGUAAAAAGCUGUCGUUCUGACCCUGAACAAGGCAGUUAACCCACUGUU